AUGAUGCACUGCGGGUCCCGUUGCCAGGAUACCGUGCUCUCUCAGUGGCUCCGUUAGCUCCGUUAGCUUCGGGCUGAAGCAGGACUGAAGCCUUCGGACUGGACGUGGACGGUCACCGAGACUUUAUAGGACAUUAACGACGAGGAGGACGAUGCUGUUCAAAUGUAUCUUCCAUUAAACCUGUGAACACUGGUUCAGUUCUGCUGGGUUCUGUCUUUGUGGUUCCGUCACACAGAUGUCCGGUCUCCGUUAACCGUCCGGCGCCGCAUGGAUCGGGUCGAGCGGCUCCAAGACGCCAAAGUGCUGAAGAACCAGCCGUACGACGAGAGUCUGGAGGUGAACGACGCAGAGGAGGUAGCCAGCGUUUACAGCCCCGCCCCCCAAGACCACGCACAGUCGGAGUCGAGGCAGAGGAGCAGCAGGGGGCGUGGCCUGAUGUCGGCCAAUAGCAGCAGUGACGAGUUGGAUGAGGACUCCAAACGACAGGAGAGGAAAGAGCCAAUGAGCAUCCAGGGCGGAGCCAGUCCCAAUGAGGAGGAGGAGGAGGAAGAGGAGGAGGAGGAGUCUGACGAAGAGGAGACGGAGGACGACGACGACGACGAGGCCGCCGCGCCGGAGGGAGCCUAUGACCCCGCCCACUACGCCAACCUGCCCGUCAGCACCGAGGUCAAAGAGCUGUUCCAGUACAUCACCAGGUACACCCCUCAGUCCGUGGAUCUGGACCACAGCCUCAGACCCUUCAUCCCAGACUUCAUCCCAGCUGUCGGAGACAUCGACGCCUUCCUGAAGGUUCCCAGACCUGACGGUCAGUCGGACUCUCUGGGUCUGCUGGUCCUGGAUGAGCCCAGUGUGAAACAGUCCGACCCCACAGUUCUGUCUCUGUGGUUAUCAGAGGAAACCAAACAGCAUGGAGCCGCUGAGCUGAAGAAGGUGACCAGUGUGGUCAGUCCUCAGCUCAACCCUCGGCCCGUGGACUCGUGGGUGGACAGCAUCGGCGCCCUGCACCGGUCCAAGCCUCCGGCCAGCGUCCAGUACGGCCGCGCCAUGCCGGACAUCGACAGCCUGAUGCAGGAGUGGCCCCCGGAGAUGGAGGACCUGCUGGGCCGGGUGGACCUGCCGUCGGCCCGGCUCCGCUGCGACCUGGACCAGUACUGCGACCUGGUCUGUGCCCUGCUGGACAUACCGGUCUACGGGGGCCGCAUCCAGGCCCUGCACCUGCUGUUCAGCCUCUACCUGGAGUUCAGAGACUUCCAGCACUUCAUACGGACCUGACCCAGACCCAGACCCAGGACCAGACCCAGACCCAGACCCAGACCCAGGACCAGACCCAGAACCACAUCCAGGCCCUGCACCUGCUGUUCAGCCUCUACCUGGAGUUCAGAGACUUCCAGCACUUCAUACGGACCUGACCCAGACCCAGACCCAGGACCAGACCCAGACCCAGACCCAGGACCAGACCCAGAACCACAUCCAGGCCCUGCACCUGCUGUUCAGCCUCUACCUGGAGUUCAGAGACUUCCAGCACUUCAUACGGACCUGACCCAGACCCAGGACCAGGACCAGGACCAGACUCAGACCCAGACCCAGACCCAGACCCAGACCCAGACCCCAGUGUGUUUGUAUUUUCUGUGUUUGUUCUUUUUAUUCUUAAAAAAAUGUUAAAUGAAGCAGAUGAGUUUACAACAUGUGUCAGAAACAAACAGAAAAAUGAAGAAAAAAGAAUCCAGUGAAAUAAAGAAAUGUUUCGUUGACAGAUGAA